CUGUCACCUCCCUCGAGCCGGAAGCAGUCAGUGCCGUUUUGAGUGGGACACAGACGUGAAAGCUGUCUAUCUAUGCAGUGCUGGCCCUCCGGCGCUCGCCCCACCUUCUUUGUUUGUAGUCCCCAUAGACAAGACCAGCCGGCUGGAAACAGCAACUACAAGAGAAGCAGCGCAGCAGCCUUCCAGUGUCUCCUAACCCUCCCUUCGUACAAAGCCAUGGCUGGCAGCACCAUGCCAGCCUAUGACAGGCGGAGCAGAUGGGACUCGUCUUCCCCAUAGAAAUAAGAAGGGAAUUCAUAGAGCUGGCCGCCUGCAUGCACUGCAGUUCUCUGUCAAUGUGAGAGCUGCGGCUCCCUGACCCGCCUUUCAAAUUGCUUUCUUUUUGUUUUUUUUCUCUUUCACUUUUUAUACCCUGCUAUUUCCUGUUUUUCCAGUAUUUGCUGUGUGUCAGCUCCCACUGUUACUUCCCUGCCAUCCCCUCCUUGUAUCACCAUCAUCAUCCCCCCCAGGAAAGAAGGAAACUGCUUGGAACCUGCGGGCGGGCGACCAUCACUGCACAAUGGGAUGCUGUGGGAGCACACAGAGCUCUAAGAGGGACUGGAGGCCACUGGAAGAGCAUAGUUGUACUGACAUCCCAUGGUUACUCUUGUUUGUUUUGUUCUGUAUUGGCAUGGGCUUUAUUUGUGGCUUUUCCAUAGCCACUGGAGCUGCCUCACGUUUAAUCUCUGGUUAUGACAGCUAUGGAAAUAUUUGUGGACAGAAGAAUGCUAAGAUAGAAGGCUUUGAAAACAGUGGAUUAGACCAUACCGACCGAAAGUAUGUAUUCUUUCUGGAUCCUUGUAAACUGGACUUGGUAAACAGAAAAAUAAAAUCUGUAGCAUUGUGCGUUUCCCAGUGCCCGCAGGAAGAGCUUAAAACGUUGUCUGAUGUUCAAAAAUUUGCUGAAAAAAAUGGGUCAAAUCUUUGUGAUUAUGCACUAUUGCCUAGCCAGUACACAAACAGUAUGAAAGCAUCGUCUUUGUGCCCAAAGCUUCCAGUGCCAGUAAGUGCACCUAUUCCAUUCUUCCAUCGCUGUGCUCCUGUGAACAUUUCCUGCUAUGCCAAGUUUGCAGAAGCCUUGAUCACUUUUGUCAGUGACAAUAGUGUCCUGCACAGGCUGAUUAGUGGAGUAAUGACCAGCAAAGAAAUUAUUAUUGGACUUUGCUUUUUGUCACUAGUGCUUUCAAUGAUUUUAAUGGUUAUAAUCAGAUACAUCUCUAGAGUGCUUGUAUGGAUCUUAACCAUCUUGGUCAUCCUGGGAUCUCUUGGGGGUACAGGUGUUCUUUGGUGGAUGUAUGCGGAGCACAGGAAAUCGUUCAGUGAAGAUCUUCCACCAGACCAACUUCAAAUUUCCAAAGACAACCAGCAAGCCUUGCUCAUCUAUGCCAUUGCAGCCACUGUCUUUACCGUGAUCCUAUUGCUCAUCAUGCUGGUUAUGAGGAAGCGAGUUGGCCUCACAAUUGCCUUGUUCAAUGUGGCUGGAAAGGUUUUCAUACAUCUCCCGUUGCUAGUCUUCCAGCCCUUUUGGACCUUUUUUGCUCUUCUGCUGUUUUGGGUCUACUGGGUGAUGGUUUUGCUUUUUCUGGGAACUGCAGGUGAUCCACAUACUAAUGAGCAAGGAUUUGUGGAGUUCAAGAUUAAUGGUCCUCUGCAGUACAUGUGGUGGUAUCAUGUAGUAGGGCUCAUAUGGAUCAGCGAGUUUAUUUUAGCCUGCCAGCAAAUGACAAUAGCUGGAGCUGUAGUCACUUAUUAUUUCACAAGAAACAAGAGAGACCUCCCAUUUACACCUAUUAUAGCGUCUGUAAAUCGACUCGUACUCUACCAUCUGGGGACAGUGGCAAAAGGAGCCUUCAUUAUUACCUUGGUGAAAAUCCCCCGAAUGAUCCUCAUGUACAUUCAUAGCCAGCUCAAGGGCAAGGAAAAUGCCUGCGCAAGGUGUCUGCUUAAAUCCUGUAUCUGCUGCCUUUGGUGUCUGGAAAAGUGCCUCACAUAUUUAAAUCAGAAUGCUUACACAGCAACUGCUAUCAACAGCACCAACUUCUGCACUUCUGCAAAAGAUGCACUUGUUAUCCUUGUGGAAAACGCUCUAAGGGUUGCUACCAUCAAUACGGUGGGCGAUUUUGUACUCUUCCUUGGGAAGGUUUUGAUUGUGAGCACCACGGGCCUUGCAGGAAUUAUGCUGCUUAACUACCAGAGGGACUACACAGUAUGGGUGCUUCCGCUCAUCAUAGUCUGCCUUUUUGCCUUUCUUGUUGCUCACUGCUUCCUCUCCAUCUAUGAAAUGGUGGUAGAUGUCCUCUUCCUGUGUUUUGCUGUUGACACUAAAUAUAAUGAUGGGAGCCCUGGUAAGGAAUUCUACAUGGAUAAAGUCCUAAUGGAAUUUGUGGAGAACAGUAGAAAAGCCAUGAAGGAGACAGGAAGCGGAGCCGAGAGGCGGGAGCUGAAACCGAUGGCUUCGGGAACAAGUUCAGCUUGAAAGUAGCCCAGCAAUACUGGACCCCAUUGACAUUCCAAAAUAAACACGAUCAGCCAAAAUAUAAGCAGGGUUAAUAACCUUCCUGUUUCUAUAUACGUAUAUACUUUGCUCCGUCUCUUCUGGGUUGCUGCAAGCGGCAUCAAUGCUAUACCUUUUUGUGUUAGGUGUGCAGCGUGUGAAAGAUCAAGUGAUUUCCACCGAGAGGGAAUCGAAACUUCCUGCUAGAUUUCCUUUUUCCUCAAAUGAGGUUUGAUGCUUUAAUACACAAGAAGCAGAUUUUACACUCCUUGCGCUUCUUCCGUGGUAUUUUUGUUACAUGUAAAGAAUCAAUGGGAGGACAAAAGAUUUUUUUUUUGUUUUGUUUAAACAAAAUGAUAAAUACAAGGGAACAAAUGUAGAUGUAUAUUUUUUUCUGUUCUGUUUUUGAACCCCCCUUAUUGACCUCUGACACUACAAUACUAUCCCCAGAUUUGCACUAAAUGUCAAUGUAAUGUCAGUAAAAAUCAUGGUACAGGUUUAAAAAUGACAUGUUUACACAACUACACAAAAGUGGUUUAUGUUGUCAUUCCAUAAAAAAACAAAAAUCAUUUCCAUUUGCUCCAGCUCUGAAAGUGAUUUGGCUGCUGUUUUAUCGCUAU